GAAAACGACAUGCUAUAGUCGAUUACACUUUAAUCAUGCUAGGCAUAUGAAAUGCAUCGUGACUGUUCCUAGGUAUUAAUGGCAUGUUUCAGGUUAAAUCGGGAAAGCAUGAGACCACUUCCACUGCCAGAGCGCUCAGUCCCUCUAACAUCAGCUGAGUUUUUGCGGCGAAUUUUGAAAAUGACGCAAGGGAUGACCGCGACCAAUCAGAGCUCAGAACGGAGAUUGGCAUGUAAACGACUUUGCCUUUUAAGGGCAAGUCUCCGCCCUCGUCAAGUCCACGCUUGUCCCCCCCGAGAGUGCUGGAGCCGCGGAACCCGAGAGAAGGUGCGCUCCGCUGGGACAGAGGAGGCAUAAAGAGACGGGGAGGGAGGGAAUGAGAUUUCUUGCUACCCAAUCCCUCUUUUCCCCAGGGACAGCAAGCCUUCCCUGGUCCAUCCCUCCCUCUUGUUUGGUAAUCAUUUCAUUUUACUCCUUUUUGAAGCAGUCGCCCGUUUUAUCCCACUUUUCAUUUCACAAUCCCGUGCGCGUCUGUUCGCCUUCUUCUUCAGAGCAAGUUCGCGUUCUCCCCUCUUUCUCCCCGCGACGAGAAGGUCUGCUUGAUCCCGGCUGAUCGUUUCCUUUGAGAUGCUCCACAGCUCUUGCCUUCUCUCCACCCUCUUUUAACUAGAGACCGGUUAAUCUUGAGUGAACUGAACUUGGGUUUGGAAUCUAAAAGAAAGAGGAACACCCAAAGGGAUACGGCAGCGCGUCUUUGGAUAAGGACCUCUUUCCCCUUGUUGCACUUUGGGGAAGAUUUUUUCCCUUUCAGUUGGUUUUUGUUAAUCCAGGUGGUGCAGGAGGAUUAUUCCACUCGAGCUGGUGUAGAGAGACAUCCCCCAGAAGGCUAUUUUCAUGUUCUCCAUCCAGGACGGUCUCCCACGGGGAGCCUUGACCAUGAAAGAAGAGCCCCUUACGAGUGGCAUGACGCCGGUGCGCUCUUGGAUGCAGAGCGCGGGGAUACUGGAUGCCAACACAGCUGCGCAAAGUGGUGUGGGUUUGGCAAGAGCCCAUUAUGAGAAACAGCCUCCCUCGAACCUGCGCAAGUCAAACUUCUUUCACUUUGUUCUGGCCCUGUAUGACCGGCAGGGACAGCCCGUCGAGAUCGAGAGAACCUCCUACGUGGACUUUGUGGAAAAAGACAAAGAAUACAAUGGUGAGAAGACCAACAAUGGCAUCCACUACAGGUUACAGCUUCUCUACAGCAACGGUAUCAGGACAGAACAGGAUCUGUAUGUUCGAUUAAUAGACUCCAUGACUAAACAGGCAAUCCUUUAUGAAGGCCAAGAUAAAAACCCAGAGAUGUGUCGCGUUCUCCUCACCCAUGAGAUCAUGUGCAGCCGGUGUUGUGACAAGAAGAGCUGCGGGAACCGAAAUGAGACGCCAUCUGAUCCUGUCAUCAUUGACAGAUUUUUCCUGAAAUUCUUUCUCAAGUGUAAUCAGAACUGUUUGAAAAAUGCAGGGAAUCCCAGAGACAUGAGGCGAUUUCAGGUGGUGGUGUCCACCACAGUCAAUGUGGACGGCCAUGUCCUGGCUGUGUCAGAUAACAUGUUCGUCCACAACAACUCCAAACAUGGGCGGAGGGCGCGACGCCUGGACCCUUCUGAAGCAGCCACUCCAUGCAUUAAGGCCAUCAGUCCCAGUGAAGGAUGGACGACUGGGGGGGCCACCGUCAUCAUCAUUGGGGACAACUUCUUUGACGGUUUACAAGUGGUCUUCGGCACAAUGCUUGUUUGGAGUGAACUCAUCACACCUCACGCUAUCCGGGUGCAGACGCCCCCUAGACACAUCCCUGGGGUCGUGGAGGUCACACUCUCCUACAAGUCCAAGCAGUUCUGCAAAGGAGCUCCGGGACGUUUCGUCUACACAGCUCUGAACGAACCUACCAUAGACUAUGGCUUCCAGAGGCUACAAAAGGUCAUCCCUCGUCACCCUGGAGACCCGGAGAGGUUACCUAAGGAGGUUCUUCUGAAAAGAGCCGCAGACCUGGUGGAGGCGCUGUAUGGAAUGCCUCAUAACAAUCAGGAGAUCAUUUUAAAGCGUGCUGCAGACCUGACGGAGGCGCUGUACAGUGUGCCGCGGAGCCAUAACCAGUUGCCCUCGCUGACAGGCUCCGGCGCUCACUCGGGCAUGAUGGGAGUUAACUCUUUCAGCAGCCAGCUCGCCGUCAACAUCUCUGAGGCCUCACAGGGAGACCAAGGUUACUCUCGUAACUCGAACAGCGUGUCUCCUCGCGGGUACGUGCCGAGCUCCACACCCCAGCAGUCCAACUACAACACCAUCACCUCCACCAUGAACGGAUACGGAGCCGCAGGGAUGACCAACCUGGGCGUUCCUGGAUCCCCGAGUUUCCUCAACGGAUCCGCCGCCAACUCUCCUUACGCAAUCACCCCUUCCAGUCCUCUAUUGGAGCUUCAUGCCUCCUCUUCCUCCUCUUCUUCAUGCAUCCCUACUUCCAUCUCUCUGUCUGCGGGCCCUUUCUCAUUCUCUCCUGUCCAUAUGAUCUCUGCAGUCAAACAGAAGAGCGCCUUCGCGCCUGUCGUCCGGCCACAGACCUCCCCGCCCCCCACCUGCACCAGCACCAAUGGGAGCAGUCUACAGGCUAUGGCCGGUCUGAUUGUCCCUCCCAUGUGAAGCGGAACCUGAUCUUCCUCUAAGGCUUCAUUGAGCCCACAACAAACUCACUGGCUCACCAAAUCUGUCUGACACUCUCUUAUCGAACAUCACCAGUCCUACGAGGAGCUGCCCGAAAAGAACAUCUACACCUGGAUCGCUAAAAGAAAAAAAAUGAAAAGUGUACCUGGCCUGAAAAUGUCCCAUGUCCUGAAAUGUCAAUAGAUGUGUUUGUUUUGCCCUCUAUGACUUCAUCCUUGGAGACUCGCCAUAGCGGGUGGCAUUUCGAACAGGAAGCAUAAAAGCUGGAUAUUAUCGCAAUGUGAACGAGAAGCCGAGGUUUUGAUACGUCCACGGCCGUAGGGGCUUCUUUGCAUGGCUGACGUUGUCUGUAGACUGUCCGUUUCAUACUGUAUGUCUGUCCUGUUUCCACUGUGAGAAGAGAGACGCCACUCAUCCAGAUGGGACUGCGACAGCUCAAAACGCCAUUCGGAAACCAUUCAUUCCUAAUUACUAAAUGCAGUGUGUUUGGUUUUCAACAUCAAGCUGAUUUUAUUUCCUUUCGCUUUUGUUUUAAACCAUCAAAUGAGAACACAAACAAACACGAAAUGAUCCCAGACUGAAGAGCGUGAUAUUUAGUAAUCAUCAGGAUGAUGAUGGAUGUCAGUCAUUUUUACUCAUACUGUUUCUGUAGUUCCAGUAUAGUUCCAGGUGUGUGGAUAGGUAGAUUUAAGCCAGGAAUGCUUUCUGCAGUUUUAAUCACAUUUAGGUACCAGACUUAUUGUUGAACUUCUUAUUGUGCUUUUUUUUGUAUGUAUUUAUAAAGUUUUUUUCGGGAUUUCUUUGGUGAGUUAGGCCUGAAUAAUAGUAUCAAAUAUCUAUGUCAACACAUUUGAUGUCUUAAUACCUUUUAGAUAUUGUAAAAAGAGUGAAAAAUAAAAGGGAUUACACUUUUUUUGUAAAAAUAAAAAUGACAAUGACAAAAAAAAAAGGUCUGGACAUGACCAGGACACCUGUUUUUUGAAAGCAGGUUGCAAAGCUCCACCACUUUUGUAUAAAAAAAAAAAAAAAAAAUCUUUUUUCAAUCGUAUAUUUAAUGUUUUCUUUUUGCAAAAAAAACAUUUGUGUUCUUGUUCCCUCCUCUUGUCUCGUGUGUUCUCGUGAAACGUGUAUGAUCAUAGUUAUUUCCUAAUGCACUAUUUUUGUUGGGGCACUUACAAAAGCUAUGUAUGUUAGCAAGCAGAUGAAAAUAAUAAUAAUAAAAAAAGAACAAAAAAAAAUUGAAAACCUAUACAAAUAUGCACCAGUAUGUUUUCAGACGAUUUUUUGAAUCGAUUACUCUUUGCUUUGGUCAUGAUAACUGAAAUGGCUAAUCGUUCAUCAUGUGAUUUUGUUAAUGUUUCUAAAAUGUUUCCAUAAUACUUCUCUGUCCUUGUUGAGGUUUAUUUUGCAUUAGAUAUGCGUUGUUUCGACUGGUAUAAAGUCAACAUUUCUAUCUAAUGUGCUGAUAAAUAUGCCACGUGUUUAAUGUAUCACAUGCCCAGAAAUGGAUCAAAUCAGAGAAGUCCAAACCUGUUGAAACGGAGAACAUUUUGACGUGGAACCAUUCAUUGACGUCAGUGUUGCUGGUGAUAUUGUUAGCUGUUGCACACACAUGCACAAGUUAUGCAAUUUGUAUUUAAAUGCAACUCGCAAUCCACACUUCGGUGGAUUAGCUGUGAAAUUAAUUAACGGAAGGAGAUAUAAUGAUGCCUUAAAAUAGGAUGUGCUCCAGGACAGUGGAUCUCAAAUCACAAAUAUUAAAAAAAAAACAGUCUGUGAUACAAUGCAUUUAAAUACUUAUGGAACGGCAAUGUUUUAGGUCUUAGUAGGGAAAAGGUGGAAAAUUAUUGUGGAAAUAUGACUUCGGUAAUCAUUGUAUUGCGGGUUGUCAUCUUCACAAAGGAGGUUUCUUAGUCAUGUUUGGUUUUGUUUCUGUUUGUGAUUAAAUACCACAGACUGACCACUUGGAAACAAUGUAAUUUUAAUAUUCCAGUCAUGAUUCUUCUCUAUUUCCCUGAAGUGAGUGAAGGUGUGUUUGCUAAGAUGAAAUGUGAAAGAAAUUGUGGUUUCUGAAGACCUCUUUUAAUUUCACAGGUGACCUAAUUACUUCACAUUCGUCCUUUUGGGGUUUAGACAUAAAUGGGGUAAAGAAAAUACAAUUUGACAGUGCCCUAUUAUAUUAAAACAGCUGAAUUCAAUCUCAAAGUUCACUUGAAAACAUCUCAGAGAUCCAGCUUGGCUGGAAACACACACACACACUCACACACGUCCAUCCAUUUCACCCAUGCAUUCAGUUUCCUAAUAGCUUGUGAAAGGUUUUUUUUUUUUUUGUCAUAGAUGUAAAGAACUGGCUUCUGCUUUCUUUUUCAAAACCUGUUUUCUUUGGAAAUGUUAAACUCGAGGUGAAAUGGAGAAAGGUACUGCAUCUUUGUGAAAUAUGAAAUAUUAUAUCAAAAUAUAUCAAAGCACAAUGUUUAAUUAAUGUCUUUAGAAUUCAGAUAGGGAGAUGUAUUCUACUUUCCUUUUUUCUCUCUGACCAUGCUGUAAAUAAUUGCAUGUUUUUCCUUUGUUUUUAUUUCAGUUUUUUUUUUUUCCUGUGAUCCCGUGCUUUUUGUACAGAAACAGAAAAUAAAGAUUACA